ACAGUGCUCCAAAAGCUUGUGAUUUGAAAUAAAUCCGUUGAACUAUAACCUGGUGCUGUGUGAUUUCUGACCUGGUCCUUCUCAGUGGUGAACUUUGUUACUUUGAAAGAUUCUACAAACGUUUUGGUCAAGUUAUAGAUAUCUAAAAUCCCACUCCUUUUCCCCUGACCUCUCUCCUCCCACACAGCGUCUUGUUUAGAUUCAUAUUGGGUAACCCUGUAGGAAAUCAAUUGACCAAGUACAACAAUUCAGCAGCUUUCAUGUUAGUUUUUCCUUAUGCCAGUUCCAUAAAUGACUGGGCUCAGUCAGUUCAACUUCAUAACCUGGCUUUGUUUUCAUAGGCUUCUUUCAAUCCCUUUUGUUUUAAAACAGUUCCACAGCAGAGGGGAGAAUUUGGAGUGGGGUUGAAAUCCAAUGAAGUCACCUGAUUUAUCACAAUUUGAAUCUCAUCAGUCUUCGAAUAUGGAGGGAAAAAGCACUGUUCGGAGUGGGGAGAAACUGUACUCAUGUGUGUGUGGACGAAGCUUUAGCCAAUCAGCUGGCCUGUCAAGACACAAGCGCAGUCACACUGGAGAGAAACCAUGGAAAUGUAGGGACUGUGGGAAGGGAUUCGGUUACCCGUCUGAGCUGGAAACACAUCGGCGCACUCACACUGGGGAGAAGCCGUUCAUAUGCUUGGAUUGUGGGAAGGGAUUCACUCGGCCAUCAAAUCUGCUGACACAUCAGCGUGUUCACACCGGGGAGAUGCCGUUUGCCUGCUCCAAGUGUGGGAAGGGAUUCAUUGAUUCAUCAAACCUACUGAAACACCAGCGGGUUCACACUGGGGAGAGGCCGUUCACCUGCUCCAAGUGUGGGAAGGGAUUCACUCAUUCAUCCACUCUUCUGCGACACCAGCGAGUUCACACCGACAAGAGACCUUUUAAAUGUCUGGACUGUGGGAAGUACUACAAAAGUUCUGGGGAACUGAUGUACCAUCAACGUGUUCACACUGAUGAGAGACCUUUUAAAUGCGCAGACUGUGGGAAGUGCUUUAAAAGUUCCUGGGAACUGAUGUCCCAUCAACGUGUUCACACUGACGAGAGACCGUUCAGGUGCUCCCACUGUAUGGCUGGAUUCUUGCGUUCAUCUGACCUUGCUGUACACCAGCGCAUUCACACUGGUGAGAGACCGUUCACCUGCUCCGAGUGUGGGAAGGGAUUCAGCCAGUCAUCUACCCUGUUGACACACCAGCGGGUUCAUACUGAUGAGAAACUUUAUAAAUGCCCAGCCUGCAGGAAGUGUUAUAAAAGUUCCUGGGAACUAAGAUGCCAUCAACGUGUUCACACCAAUGAGAGACCGUUCAGGUGCACUCACUGCAGCGCUAGGUUCAGACGAUCAUGUCAACUCACUGUACAUCAGAGAAUUCACACUGGGGAGAGGCCGUUUACCUGCUCUGAGUGUGGGAAAACAUUCACCCAGUCAUCCCACCUGCAGAAACACCAACGAGUUCAUAAGUAUCCACAUUGUGAAUUGGCACAACCUCAGUUCAGCAGUAGCACCUACAGUGCGUAUCAGGAGCAAACAGAUGAUGCUGAACUUGCAUUAGACACUCAGCUGGAGUAUUGUGUACAGUUCUGGGUGCCACACUGCAGGAAAAAUCGUGACUGCAUUGGACAAAAUGCAGACGAAUCAAGAAUGAAUGACACUAUGGAGAAGCCAUGGAAAUGUCAGGACUGUGGGAAGGGAUUUCGAUCUCCUUCUGAGCUAGAAACCCACCGACGUAGUCACACUGGAGAGAGACUGUUUAACUGCUCCAAGUGUGGGAAGGGAUUUACUCAGUCCUCCCAUUUGCUGACACACCAGCGUGUUCACACUAAUGAGAGACCUUUUAAAUGUCCAAACUGCGGCAAGUGCUACAAAAGUGCCCGGGAACGCAUGUCCCAUCACCUUGUUCACUCUGAGGAGAGGCCAUUCAGGUGCUCUCACUGUGGGACUGGGUUCAGGCGAUCAUCUGAACUCACAGUUCACCAGCGAAUUCACACAGGGGAGAGGCCGUUCACCUGUUCCAUCUGUGGGAAAAGAUUCACUACCUCAUCCCACCUGCUCAUACACCAGCGAGGUCAUGCUGCGGAAAGGCCAUUUACCUGCUCUGAGUGUGAGAAGGGAUUCACUAAUUCAUCGGACCUAAUGAUCCACCAGCGAGUUCACACUGGGGAGCGACCGUUCACCUGCCCAGAGUGUGGGAAGGGAUUCACUCAGUCGGCAACCCUGCUUAGACACCAACGCAUUCACACUGGAGAGAAGCCGUUCACCUGCCCUGAGUGUGGGAAGGGAUUCACCGAUUCGUCCCACCUUUUGAAACACCAGCGAGUUCACACCGGGGAGCGGCCAUUCAUCUGCCCUGAUUGUGGCAAAGGAUUCUCUGAUUCAGCCACCCUGCUGAGGCACCUGCGAGUUCAUACUGGGGAGAGGCCGUUCCCCUGCCCCGAGUGUGGGAAGGGAUUCACUUCGUCCUCCCACCUGCUGAGACACCGGCGACUUCACAAUGGGGAAAGACCAUUUUCCUGCUCUGGGUGUGGAAAGGGAUUCACUAAUUCAUCUGAUCUGCGGAUACACCAGCGUGUUCACACUGGGGAGAGGCCAUUCACUUGCUUGGAGUGUGGGAAGGCAUUCACUCUUUCGUCCAGCCUGCUAAGACACCAGCGAGUUCACUCCGUAGAGAGGCCAUUCAUCUGCUCUCAGUGUGGGAAAGGAUUCACUCGGUCAUCCCAUUUGCUGAGUCACCAGCGAGUUCACAAAUAAGGAUAUUUCUUGUUUGUCGCAAACAGGCCUGAACCAUGUCUUUGGUUUACAUUUCUGCUGAGGUUAAUCAACUUGAGCACAAUUCAAAGCAUUAAUGUUCUGGAUCAAAGUCAAAUAAAACUUCUUUUUUUUUUCUACAAA